AAUGCCAGUGGGCCGGCACCGAGGAACAACCCAGCGAUAACCAAAGCUUGCAAAGGCUACCACUACGGAAACGACCCUGCGAUAACAAACCAGCGUGUGAAGUCUCGCACUGAGCAACAGCACUACCAUAACAAGUUGUGCGUACAGCCGCGCCCGCCGGAGCCACCUUACGCACGUGACUGUGGCAGGAAAAUGAUUGGAAUGAGAGCAGAGGCCGAGUUCCUGAGGAGGUGGAUGGAGCUGAGUGAGGAGAUGACCCUGGAAGGAGAGUCGAUGGGGAACAGCUCUGAAUCUGGCAUUCAGCUCAUGGAGAAUAACUCACCAUCCGCCCCUGUGCACCCGGGCUGGAGAGAGCUUCACCUGGCAGCUUGGGACGGCAACGCCCACCUGAUGAAGCAGCUACUGAGGCAGGGGGCAGUGAUAGAGAGCAGGGAUGAGAAUGGAUGGACGCCCUUACACAGUGCCACGCUGAAGGGGUCCAUCAUGCUGGUGAAGUUCCUGCUGCAGCGCGGAGCCGUGGUCCAUGCCACAGACAGAGCACACUACACCCCGCUGCACCACGCCUCUUGGAGUGGCCAUACCCAAGUGGCUGAGUUUCUCCUGGCUCGGGGAUCCCCAGCAUCAGCCGUGACUAAAGGGGGCCUCACCCCACUUCACUGUGCAGCAGCCAGCGGUCACACCCUCAUCGUGCAGUUGCUCCUACGGCAAGGCACAGAUCCUGCCAGCGGGGACAACAACCGGUGGACGGCACUGCACUGGGCGACUAUGAACAGCCAGCUGCAUAUUAUGGACUUGCUGCUUUGCCAGGGUCUCUCCCCAGACCUGGGCAGUAACGGAGGCAUCACAGCAUUGCACAUCGCGGCAGAGACGGGAAGAAGUGAUGCUCUAAGGUUCUUGCUAGCCAAGGGUGCCAACAUCAAUGCUCAGGAUGGGCUGGGGAGAACAGCACUUGCCAUUGCAUCCAAUAAUGGCAAUCAAGAGAUUACAGAACUGUUGCUGAAAAGCAAAGCUGAUGUGAACAUGAAGGACCACUACGGCUGCACGGCACUCCACAAGGCAGCAGCUGCGGGACACUUGGCCCUCGUCCACCUGCUGAUUAAGACAGGAGCUGUUUCCAACAUUAGGGACUGUCUGAAUCUGACUCCACUUCACAGAGCUGCCUGUCGUGGGCACAGCGAGGUAGCUAAUUACCUUCUGGACCAUGGAGCUGAGAUCAAUGCAGCCGGCUGGCUAAACAAAACCCCGCUGCACUUGGCUGUGGAAAAAAAUCACUUCCUUUUAAUGGAGCUGCUGCUGGGGAAGGGGGCAAGUCUGUCCCUCAGAACUCGCUGGCAUGAAACGGCACAGGAUCUAGCAUCAGACAGGGUCCUACCUGCGGGCACUCCGUCCACUUCCCAGGAGAAGAUGACAAGCUGCAAUCCGGACCUGAACUAG